GAACAUAUAACCAAACGCGAAUACCAUACCUCUCACGUAACUUUUCUCACAACUUGUUUUCUCAACCUCAUUUACUCUGUGACUUAUAAGACACGCAGUUUCCCUCUGGUAACAUUGUCUCUGAACACUCUCAUAUUCAUAUCGACUUACGCCAUACUAUCUGCCAUCAUGAGAGUUCCUUACGUAUCCAACCCUCCUGAGACCAAGUCCGAGGAGCAUGCCGCCAUUGUAAAGCGCAUAGAAGAGCGCCGCGCCCCUCGGCCUCUCCAAUCUCUGGAUUUAGCACUUCUUCACUCCCCUCACGUUGCUGAUGGCUGGAACUCAUUCCUCGGCGCUGUUCGUACCAAGACCUCUCUAAGCGACGACAUUCGAGAGCUUGCAAUUUCACGAAUUGCUGUGUGCAACAAGGCCUGGUACGAAUGGAAGCACCAUGCGCCGCUAGCUGUCAAGGGCGGUGUGUCUGAGGCUGGACUUGAGGCUAUCAAGGGGGAGGAACUUGGUGAGCGGCCUGCUGAGCUAUCAGAGAAGCAAUGGGCUGUGCUGCUGUACACGGAUGAGAUGACGAGGAACGUUCAAGUCAAGGAUGAGACCUUUGAUCGUCUGCGGGAGUAUUUCAACGAACAAGAAAUUGUGGAAAUCACAGCCACGGUUGCAUGCUACAACUGUGUAAGCCGUUUCUUGGUGGCACUCGACGUCGGGGAGAGAAAUGGUACCGGCCCCGAAGCCAUCUCUGGUCAUUGAUAGACAGUUGUGUCCUGCCAAUUUCCAGGAGUAGCAGCAAAAUGAAAAGAAGAAACAUGCCUUGAUCAUGAAUAGUGACUCAUAACCCAAAAACAAACAGAGUGGUAGAAUAAGACAAAAACAACCGUCCUAAGGAAAUACCACGACUUAAGGCCGCGGGAAAGGGGUAUCAUCCCAUCUACAGAAGUGAAGUGAAACAAAUGAACCAAACUCCUCAUGAACAAAGCCCCCGAGGCCCCAUCCUCGCCAAACCAACCCG